UACAGCAAACCUGAAUUCAUGAUGGAUCUGAGAUAUUUUGUGAAGAUCUCUCUGACUAUGGCUUUAGUGCAGCCGCUUCUCAUGCAUGUGUCCAUCACAGAAGCUUUAUUUGCUACUCUGCUGCUGUUUUUGGUUAUUUACCUGUUCUCCAUCAGCUCCAGCUCUCAGGAUGAGGGAAAAUAUCCUCCGGGACCCAAACCGCUGCCACUGCUGGGAAACCUGCACAUGCUCAACCUCAAGAAAACCUACAUGAGCCUUUGGGAGCUGUCAAAACAAUAUGGGUCGGUUUACACGGUGCACUUUGGCCCCAAAAAAGUGGUAAUAUUGGCAGGAUACAAGGCUGUCAAACAGGCACUAGUGAACCUUUCAGAGGAGUUUGGAGACAGAGAUAUUACACCCAUAUUUAAUGAUUUCAAUGAUGGAUUUGGGAUCUCGUUUUCCAAUGGUGAAAACUGGAGGGAAAUGAGACGCUUUGCUCUCGCAAACCUGCGAGACUUCGGAAUGGGCAAGAAAAGAAGUGAAGAGAUUAUCACUGAAGAAACGCAAUAUUUAAAAGAGGAAUUUGAGAAGUUUGAAGGAAAACCAUUUGAUACAGCUCAGCCUGUAAACCUUGCAGUUUCAAACAUCAUCUCUACAAUUGUCUAUGGCAGCAGAUUUGAGUACAACAACACUGAGUUACAUAACAUGGUCAGACGAGCUUACAUGACCAUGGAGAUGAUUGGAUCAGCGUCAGUUCAGCUCUAUAACAUGUUUCCUUGGCUUCGCCGUUUUGUGAAGAACCGGAAACGUAUCAUGAACAAUGUAAGAGAGGCCUUCAAACAAAGUGAGAAACUUGUGAAUGCACUGCAAAAGACUCUGAAUCCUCAGAACCCCAGAGGAAUCGUUGACUCUUUCCUCAUGCGACAGCAAAAGGACGAGGGAUCAAGUGAAUCAGCGACUCUGUUCCAUUCGGUGAAUCUUCAUUGUACAAUUAAUAACCUGUUUGGUGCUGGUACCGACACUAUGACUACAACACUGCGCUGGGGUCUUCUGCUCAUGGCCAAAUACCCAGAAAUACAAGCCGAGGUUCAUGAUGAGAUUGACAGAGUGAUCGGUAGACGUCAGCCUUUUCAGGCAAUAUCAAAAUGCUGUUAGGGAAGCACAGUUUAAAUAUAUGUUUUCUUGCGACUCGGAUCGGUAGUACCCAUAAGCGUCCCCCGUCAGACCACCUGUGAUGUUCACCUGAAUGGAUACCUCAUCAAGAAGGGUACCAGUGUGUGGCCGCUACUGGCAUCUGUACUGAGGGAUGAAAAUGAGUGGGAAACUCCUGACAGCUUCAACCCAAGUCAUUUCCUAAAUAAGCAGGGCCAGUUUGUCAAAAGGGAUGCCUUCAUGCCCUUCUCUGCAGGCCGCAGGGUUUGUCCUGGAGAAGGUUUGGCCAGGAUGGAGCUCUUCCUGUUCUUCACUUACCUCCUUCAGCAUUUCCGCUUCACUCCUCCUCCAGGAGUGUCUGGAGAUGAGCUGGAUCUCACACCAGUCGUGGGCCUCACUCUGAACCCGGCCCCCCACAAACUGUGUGCAGUCAAACUCUCCUGAUGACAUAAACAUCUUCAGUCUGUUUAAUCUUCAGUCACAUUUUGUUGAAAGGUUUGCAUGUGUUUGCAAAAAAACUAAGUUACUGUUUGAUUGUUCAAACAGAUAAAUGGACAAACAAACAUCAAUUACACAACACAGAGAAAAACAUACAAGACAUCUUGCAAUUGCACCUGAAUUGAUUUAUCCUGUUAAGCAUCCUGUACAGUUUGUUGCCAUUUUUAUUUGAAAAAACACGUUAACUGCUAUAGUCACAUGCAGCAGAUAGCAGUCCACUUCUCAGCCUAUUCAACAAUGCUAUUGGUUGCUGAGCAUGUUCCUUUGAAUUCCCAUUGGUGAAUAAAUAGUUUUCAGUAAA